AUGUCCACCACGACAAAAGCAAAAAAACCUUUCAAAUCAAAAACUUCCUCCUCCUCUUCUCUUUCUUUCUUGACUCCAUCAUCAACGGUGGUGAUUGCAAGUGGCAAUACACCUUCUAGUGGUAGUAAUGGUAGUACAACCACCACUGCUACUUCAAGCACUCCUUCAAGCAAAAUAAUUAUUACAACCCCAACAAGUAAUAUUGGUAGUACAAAAUCAAAGCAAACAUCAACCCUUCUUGUACAACAAUUUAUUCAAUCUCUAGGUAUUGAAGAACUUUCUAAUAGCAGUCUUAUCCCAAAAGAUCUUUUUAAUUUCUGUGAGCAGUUAUUUAUGAAGUGUUUAAACGAUAGAGAUAAGAAAUUUGUCGAACAAUAUUUAUCAUCAAUGAUCAAAAAACAUGUGGGAAAUGAUACUCUUUUGAGCACGGAUUGGGAGAGAAUCCCAUUGCCAGAUCUUCCAUCGAGUUGGAAUACAACCUCAAAUGCUCUGAAAGAAUCAUCUACAUCAUCAACAAUGCUAGACACAUUACCCAAAAUUCCGAAAAUUACAAAGAAACGAACACAAGAAGAAAUGAAUGAUGUUGCUCCGAGUAGUAGCGAUAAAAAAGCAAUAACAUCAUCAUUCACUAGUAACAUUGGUGGUACCGCCAUGUUUUUACAAGCUACCAAGCCUUCAUCAUCCGCAGCAGUUACUAUUAAUCACAACGCACUAUCAAAGCCUUUUUCAUUUUUGCUUCAAAAAAAAUCUCCAUCAAACACUUCUUCUUCAAUCAAUGCUGCAAAUAAUUUAAACCGAGAGAGUUUAGAGGCUCUUUUUAGAAAAUUGGAUAAAAUUAAAAAGAAGAAAGCUGCUAUGAAUAAGCAUGCAAUACCUUCACCUCAUAAAAAGAUGAAAGUAGUGUCUUCUACUUUGCAUGCAAAAUCUGGUUUUGUAGGAACCAAGGAGGAAUUAGAAAAACAGUACUUACGGACAUCAUCAGAACUUAAACCAGAAGACUUUAGACCAUUUCAUAUUUUACAAAAAUCUUUACCUUUUGUUGUUUCAAAAUAUGAAAGAGGAGAGGUUACCUAUGAUGAUUAUCUGUGUGAGCAAAUGAAAGCAAUUCGACAAGAUUUAACAGUCCAAGGCAUUGAAAAUGAAUUUACAGUACUUGUUUAUGAAACUCAUGCAAGACUUGCAAUUAAGAAUAAGGACAUCAGUGAAUUCAAUCAGUGUCAAACGAGACUAAAGGAUUUAUAUAGUAAGGGGUUAAAAGGAAACAGAGAAGAAUUUCUCAUGUACAAUAUUAUGUAUUUAACUCUUAAUGAUUCAACUUCUGAGCUCACCAAGGUGUUGAGAAUUGCUUUAUCGGACACCAAAUCAAAUUUCAAGUCUCAUGAAUAUGUCAAGUUUGGAUUGGAAGUUUAUUCGUCAUAUUCUGUUUUUAACUUUUUUAAAUUAUUUAACAAUCUUUAUAACAAAGCUCCUAAGAGUGGUAAGUCAAUGAUUGACAUGUUCGCAGAUGCAAUUAGAAAGAGAGCAAUGGUGGCAUUGUGUAAGGCUCAUUCACCUGUCACAUUGAGUAGAGAUUUUGUUGAACACUCUCUUGGUCUUUCCAUCAAAAAUCAGAAAGAACGAGAAGAAUUUUUCACAAAACUAGGUGUUGUUUUCACGUCUCCCAACAAGGAUGAAAUUGAUUGCAAAAAGACCUUGGAACACUUUGUCAAUCAAUCUCAAUAA